AUGCGGUGUCCAUUUUUUGCUACUCUCUCAGUGGUAACUAAGAUAUGUCCCUUUGACUUACAGAAUACAUAUGAUGUUUUGUCCGAAUUGAGUCACACCUCAUCUGAAAGCGAUCCCUUUGCUGCAGUCGAGAUUUAUAAUCCGGAAGAUCCGGACUAUCAUCAAACUUGUGAAGUUAAAAGCUGUAAAGGAGAUGUAUUCAUGAACCUCUCAUUUCACAAACCAAAAAAAGAUCAAUGUGGUCUUUGCAAGUGUUACAGAGAAGGAUCGGAAGAAGUAAAGGCUAAUUUGGAAAAGGAGUACUUGGCCCACAUUUUAGAAAAGGAAACGGUAAGAGAAAUAAAGAAUAGCUGCAAAGAAAAAGCUAAAAAUGAUACAAAGGUGCUACAUUAA